AUGCCUCGUUUGCUCCGUAGGAAAAGGGGGAAAGAUGAAGUAUUGGAUGUUAACCAUUCCCGCAAUUCAUUAACUUUACAAGUUCAAGUGCAUCAAGCUCGGAAUUUCACGAUAAAUGAAGCUGUUUGCAAUCCAUUGUGCUUGGUAACGUUCAAUAACGUUACCAAGACCACUAAAAAAGUAAAGAAUAGCACUCAACCACAAUGGAAAUCGACUUUGAAAUUGAAGCUAUCGAAUUCUCCGUUAUCUCAAUACCUACGGUUAAUUAUUUAUGAUUCUGAUAACACUAAUUUCCUAUACUUGGCAGAAUGUAAGAUUUCAAUUCUAACUUUGUUCAGGACUAGUAGAACCCAUUUUAAAUUCACUAAAGAUGCACAGUGGUAUCCUAUGUUCAAUAGGAACAUUUUGAGGGAGAAGAAUUUGUCAUGGAUGGAUCCGAAGGCACUGCCGUAUAAUUUUGGGGAAUUGCAAUUAUCUUUCAAAUUGACUUCUAGUAACAAUGAUGACUCGGAUACAUUGACAAGCUUCCAUCUGUGGAACACGAAAUUGAUGCAUAAUGUUGAUUAUGAAAUUAUGAAGAAGGGUGUAUUUAGCGAUGAUGUUAUAGAGGAUGAAUUGGACUUUCAGGACGUCUUAGAUGAGAAUGACCUUCUGGACGUUUUAAAGGUUGAUGAUUUGGAUCAAGAUAUGGAACUUGCCAUGGAUAUUAGUAAUGAGGAUGCGUUGAGCGUAGAUGAGGAAGGGGAUAUUAUGGGAGAAGAGGAGGAAGCAGCACUCAUAGAAGAUCCUGAAAUAUUCGACACCAUCGGUGCCGUAUAUGGACUUGAUACCGUUUCGUUAUCUUCAAAUGCCUCCGUAUCUUCUUCCUCAUCUUCUACUUCGUCAUCGAUUUCAGAAACACCUUCGAUAUCAUCUCUGUAUUCUGUUGAAAAGGGUAUGGAUGAAAACCUAGCCUCGUUGAACGAGUUUCAUAUUUACAAUGGUUUCGAUUCUACUCCAUCAUUCCCUCGUGAAUAUAGUACGCCGAACGAAUCAUCUGCAUCAUUGACUCAAGAUCAAGAUGGCUUCAGGGAUGAAGAUGAUAAAAAGUUACUAAGUAGAAGAAGGAAACGAAUACCAAAAAGAAAAAGAUCUAUCCAUAGUUUUGAAGUAUCAAAGAGAGAACAUUCAUUGGGUGUAGUAGUUAUGACCUUGAAGAGUAUUACAAACCUUCCAUUGGUUAAGAAGAAAAUGUCAAAAACAGGCUAUGAUAUGGAUCCGUUCGUUAUAAUUACAUUUGGUAGGAGAGUGUUUAAAAGCUCUUACAAGAGACAUACUUUGAACCCGGAGUACAACGAAGUUUGUGCAUUUGAAGUAUAUCCAGAGGAAAGACACUUCGAACUUGUCCUUAAAGUACUUGAUAAGGAUGCCUUUUCAUUCCAUGACAAAAUUGCCACUGCUUCAAUAUCUUGGACUUCAUUGGUGGGAAAGUACCAAAUAGGUGAAAUCAUGAAUAUAGACUUACCUUUGAACCUAAACAAGACAUCAGACGAACAUAAUUCUGUUGCCUCCUUGAAUUUCCAGUUUUUGCCAUACAGCGAGUUGAAAAGACACUUCUGGACGAACUCAUUAGAUUCACUUACAACUCAAAAAGAUUUUGACAUAGUGGAACUUGGUAUGUUGUUGGAACAAAUAGGACAAUUCACAUCUAAUGAAAUUAAUGAGUUCUUUCAUUUUUACAACAAAGUGCCCUGGUCUCGUGAGAAACUUACAAUAUCUGAGCUUGUUGUCUAUUUAGAGAAUUGGACUGAAAAUAAUAAAACUUCUUCUCCGUUCAACAAUAUACAAACGUGUCCCCUGUGUGGUAGAAAAGUUCACAAAUCUAGAAAUGUUGUGAAUUCUAAACUAAACAAGGAAAACGACUUGAUUGCCCACUUUGCGAUUUGUCAAUUAAAAAGAGCACACUCAAGAAGAACAUUUUUGACACCAUCAUACGUCUCCAUUAACUCAGCAUCGCGCAGGUGGUUCUCAAAGUUCUUAAUCAAAUUAACCUAUGGGAAGUACGCUUUGGGUUCAAAUAAUGCAAAUAUCUUGGUUCAGGAUAGAGAUUCGGGCAUCAUUAUAGAGGAGAAAAUUAGUGCACAUGUCAAGGUCGGAAUUCGAAUUAUCUAUAAUGGAAAAGGUGUUAGAUCAAAGAAAUUCAAGAACUUGUUGCGUAAACAAACUAUCAAACAGGGGAAAAAGUUUGAUGCACCAUCUUCGGUAAAAUAUAUUCCAUCAUUCAUCAGGUUCCAUUCGCUUGAUAUGAGUGAAUGUUUAGAAGUCGAAUACAAAUCAUUUAAUGACUUCUUCUACAGGAAACUAAAACCUGGUAGCAGAAUACCAGAAUCCACAAUUCCAGGUAUCCUGCUUUCACCAGCAGAUUGCAGGGCAACAGUGUUUCCCACAGUUCAUAAAGCACAAGAAAUUUGGAUCAAAGGAAGACAGUUUAGCGUCUCCAAACUUCUUGGAGAUUGUCCUCAUAAACCGCAGUUUACCGAGCACAACUCUAGUAUUGCGAUCUUCAGAUUAGCACCACAGGAUUACCACCGUUUCCAUGCACCAUGCGAUGGUGUUGUUGGAAAAGUAUAUAACAUCUCCGGGGAAUACUACACCGUCAAUCCAAUGGCUAUUAGAACUAAACUUGAUGUUUUCGGUGAAAAUAUCCGUUGCAUAGUGCCAAUCACGUCUCCUGAAUUUGGAACUAUUCUAUAUAUAGCAGUUGGUGCCAUGAUGGUUGGUUCGAUCAUAUUAACUUGUAAAGAAGGUGACACAAUCGUGAGAGGCCAAGAAAUGGGGUAUUUCAAAUUUGGCGGUUCUACCAUUAUCGUUCUCGUCCCUCAUCAAAAAAUCUUCUUUGAUUCAGAUCUUAUCAAAAAUUCCGAUGAGAUGGUAGAAACAUUGUUGAAAGUCGGAAUGAGUGUUGGCCAUAUCCCAUCUCAACCAGAGCAUCCAAGAAUAAAGAAACACAUUGAAGACAAAGUAGAAAUCGAAAGGAUCAAAAGGAUCAUUACUGUCACUGACGAAAAUGUGUCUGCUUUAGGAUCAGUUCCUUGGGAAUACGAUCAGCUCAAAAAUCUCUCAACCAGCUAA